CAGGAAAGCGGGGAUUUACUAACAUGAUCUUGGCAAACGCCUUUUGCAUCGUCCUCUUCGUAGAUGAGCUCCUCCGGUCGCUGGCAGCCCCCCCGUCCCCCCCGGGGCAGGACCCCCAUGGCUGGCGGGUGCCUGUGGACUGUGUCCGAGCCAACGAGCUGUGUGCGGCAGAGCCGAGCUGCAGCUCCCGGUACCGCACGCUGCGGCAGUGCCUGGCCGGGCGCGACAGGAACACCAUGCUGGCCAACAAGGAAUGCCAGGCAGCCCUGGAGGUGCUGCAGGAGAGCCCCCUCUACGACUGCCGCUGCAAGAGAGGCAUGAAGAAGGAGCUUCAGUGCCUUCAGAUCUACUGGAGUAUACACCUGGGGCUGACCGAAGGAGAAGAGUUCUAUGAAGCUUCCCCCUACGAGCCGGUCACCUCUCGUCUCUCUGAUAUAUUCAGACUUGCUUCAAUGUUCUCAGGGAUGGACCCUGCCGCCAACUCCAAAAGCAACCACUGCCUGGAUGCGGCCAAAGCCUGCAACCUGAACGACAACUGCAAGCGCCUGCGCUCGGGCUACAUCUCCACGUGCAGCCGGGAGCUGUCUGCCAGCGAGCCCUGCAGCCGCAGGAAGUGCCACAAGGCUCUGCGGCAGUUCUUCGACCGCGUGCCCAGUGAGUACACCUACCGCCUGCUCUUCUGCUCCUGCAAGGACCAGGCCUGCGCCGAGCGCCGCCGACAAACCAUCGUCCCCUCCUGCUCCUACGAGGACAAGGAGAAGCCCAACUGCCUGGAUCUGCGCAGCGCGUGCCGCACCGAUCACCUCUGCAGGUCCCGUCUGGCUGAUUUCCACACCAACUGCCAAGCCUCCUUCCAGACCCUUACAAGCUGCCCUGGGGACAACUACCAGGCGUGCCUGGGCUCCUAUACAGGGCUCAUCGGCUUCAACAUGACACCCAACUACAUUGAUGCCAGCAUCACCAGCAUCACCAUCUCACCCUGGUGCUCUUGCAAAGGCAGUGGCAACAUGGAAGAAGAGUGCGAGAAGUUCCUCAGAGACUUCACAGAAAACCCAUGUCUCCGAAACGCCAUCCAAGCCUUUGGCAACGGCACUGAUGUGAACCUCUCCCCCAAGAAUCCCUUGCCCCCCAUCACCCUGCCACCCAAGACAGAGAAGAGUCCUGCGUUGCCAGAUGACAUCAAUGACAGCAACACUAUGUAUGAUACGAGCAUCAUCACCACCUGCACCUCUGUCCAGGAGCACGGACUGAAGCUGAACAAGUCCAAAGAGCAGAACCUGUGCUACUCAGAGACGCAGCUCACCACGGACAUCAUGCCAGACCAGAAGACCUUUGUGGACCAGAAUGCAGGCGGCAGCCGACACUGGGCAGGCCGGAUCCUGCCCAUUGUGCCCAUCCUCUUGCUGCUGCUGGUGUUAUAGAGGAUGAGGAUGGCGGCUGCCGGCAGGACGGGGACGCUUGCAUCAGUGGCCCAGGCGCGCCUCGGCACGCUGGCCCUCGCCUUGCCUCCUGCUGCGGUGAUGGGAAGAGGAGGAUUCGCCUCAUGGAGACUGGAAUGCUCCCAAGUGCCGGUGCUGCUGAGCCCGGGUGCCAGGAGGAUCCUCACCGUGUUGGGGAACUUUGGUGGUUUUCUUCCUAUUUUCAUUUUUCCCUUUUUUGGGGGGGUCUUUUAUGGUGCGUUGGGUUUCUUUUCUACAGCGGCUCGUGGUGAAACCCCCUGCCCUGCCACAGGGGAUCCGGAGCUGAAAUAUCCAGAGGGAAAAUAAGUGUCGAGCAGAGCAUUGCAAAGGUUGUUUGCAGGACCCAUCAGCCUGGGUGGCUGCAGGGAUGGUGAAGUUCCCGCAUCAGAACAUCCCAUAGGAUGGAUGUGCCGUUGGGAGACUUUUCCAUUUCUUCCAAGGGGACUUGUUCAAGCUCUUGACAUCGUUAUUGGGGUUUUGUUGGAUUUUUCCUUUUCCCGUGCUCAAUGAGGGUUUUCAAGUGGAAGAGAAAAGAAACUGCUGUUCAAACGUUGUGAGCUUGUCCUGAUGUUUCAAUCUGUCACUGCAGGGGGAGAUUGUCCUUCAUUAUUUUUCCCUUUUUUUAUUAAUCUCCAUCUGGUCAAAUCUGGUUUGGGAUGGGACCCAACCCACCCGUGGCUGGAAACCUCUAGAUGUUCCUCUCCCCUUUCUUUCUUUUUUAUAUACAUAUAUAGUGUAUGUAUAUACCUUUCACCUAUACCUACAUAUAUGUAUGUAUAUACAUAACCAUAUCCAUCUACAGUGUGGCUUUUUACAUUUCCUUUUUUUCCGUUCUUUUUAAAAGAAAAUUGCUCAAAUGGCAGCAAUUACUUUAAAAAAUGUAUUAUUGUAAAAUUUAUUUUUUUUAAUGAUGUCUAUAAUGGAAAAAAAAAAAGAAUAAUUCCAAUAAACCAAGAACAACCAACCCAGGACCGAAGCAGCA